AUGGGAUGGUGGGCGUUAGCUUCUGCUACACCUCCUUCUUGCUUUUCUAGUUCUUAUAGAUUUUCUUCAUCGUUUCCAAAUGCUAAGACUAGAACUCAUGCUGUCCAGUUUUCGCCUUCUUAUAGAACCAUUUUGUCCAAGAAGAAAAGGUUUAUUAUCACCAAUUGCACAACAAGUAAUAAAAAAGGGGAACUUGAAUCUUCUUCCGAUGUUGAUUGUGUGGGAACAGGCACAGACGUGGAGUGCGUAGUCUCUUCAGUAAGCGAAGAAAAAAUAAAAGAAAAAGACAUUGACUUAGUUAUGUUGGUGUGGGAAUGGACAGUUUUGGUUUCACCAUUUUUCUUCUGGGGAACAGCAAUGGUUGCAAUGAAGGAGGUGUUACCGAAGGCUGGCACUUUCUUUGUGGCUGCAUUUCGACUAAUUCCUGCUGGAUUACUUUUGAUUACUUUUGCGAGCUCCCAACGUAGGAGCCUUCCCUCUGGACUCAAGGCUUGGUUUUCAAUUGUUCUCUUUGCUCUAGUUGAUGCUUUCUGUUUUCAGGGAUUUCUUGCUCAAGGAUUACAGAGAACUUCUGCCGGUUUGGGUAGCGUAAGUACACGAUUGUUUCCGUUGAAAAUGGGAUGGUGGGCGUUAGCUUCUGCUACACCUCCUUCUUGCUUUUCUAGUUCUUAUAGAUUUUCUUCAUCGUUUCCAAAUGCUAAGACUAGAACUCAUGCUGUCCAGUUUUCGCCUUCUUAUAGAACCAUUUUGUCCAAGAAGAAAAGGUUUAUUAUCACCAAUUGCACAACAAGUAAUAAAAAAGGGGAACUUGAAUCUUCUUCCGAUGUUGAUUGUGUGGGAACAGGCACAGACGUGGAGUGCGUAGUCUCUUCAGUAAGCGAAGAAAAAAUAAAAGAAAAAGACAUUGACUUAGUUAUGUUGGUGUGGGAAUGGACAGUUUUGGUUUCACCAUUUUUCUUCUGGGGAACAGCAAUGGUUGCAAUGAAGGAGGUGUUACCGAAGGCUGGCACUUUCUUUGUGGCUGCAUUUCGACUAAUUCCUGCUGGAUUACUUUUGAUUACUUUUGCGAGCUCCCAACGUAGGAGCCUUCCCUCUGGACUCAAGGCUUGGUUUUCAAUUGUUCUCUUUGCUCUAGUUGAUGCUUUCUGUUUUCAGGGAUUUCUUGCUCAAGGAUUACAGAGAACUUCUGCCGGUUUGGGUAGCGUGAUAAUUGACUCACAACCGUUAUCAGUUGCUGUGCUUGCAUCUUUGUUUUUUGGUGAGUCCAUUGGAUUGGUUGGAGCUGCAGGCCUUGCUGUUGGUGUCAUUGGACUUUUGCUUCUUGAGGUUCCAGCACUUACUUUUGAUCAGAGUAAUUUUUCAUUGUGGGGAAGUGGGGAGUGGUGGAUGCUCCUUGCAGCUCAGAGUAUGGCAGUUGGUACUGUCAUGGUUCGCUGGGUUUCCAAGUAUUCUGAUCCUGUUAUGGCAACUGGAUGGCACAUGGUAAUUGGUGGUCUCCCUCUUGUGGUAAUCUCCAUCCUUGAUCAUGAUCCUGUCUUUAGUGGGAGUCUUAAGGAUUUCACAUCAAGUGAUAUAUUGGCACUUCUUUAUACCUCUGUAUUUGGUAGUGCUAUCAGCUAUGGUGUAUACUUCUACAGUGCAACCAAAGGUAGCUUGACAAAGCUCAGUUCCCUUACAUUUCUAACACCAAUGUUUGCAUCAAUCUUCGGGUUUCUGUAUCUUGGUGAGACCUUCUCACCAUUGCAACUUGUUGGAGCCGUCGUUACUAUAAUUGCAAUUUACAUGGUUAACUAUAGGGACAAUGUUAAAUAAUGCAUAUGGUUGAUAUGGUGACACACAACAUUUGAGCAGAGAGGAAAAUGAACCUGUCAGAGAAGUUGGCUCACUGGUCUCUAGACUUUACCUCUUGACCAAGUCAUGUAUUUAUUUGGAAAAUAAGUUAUAAUCAAAGGAGAGAAAGAGGUAAAAAAUGCAUUGGAGCAUGGCUGUUGAUUACGAGUUAUUGUUGCCAGUAUAAAUUGGGACCAUUUUCACGGCUGGUUGAAAGUUUUUAACUCUUUAAGCUUUUUAGUAAAAAUAUUCUUGAUGGCGAUGAUGGUUUAGCUGUUCCGCAAGCAAGUUGUGUUCUGCAAUGCCAUAAAUUUCUCUAGUCUUCUGCGUUUGACAACAUAAAUUACUUAUUGGAUGUGUUUCUAUCAAUGAUACAGAAAAUGACUCCAGUUGGUGUAUAUCUGAAGGGCUAUGAAAGGAGCGGAUUAUAUUCA